AGAAAGUGACAGGAGGGGGAGGGAAAGGGAUCGGACAGAACAGGGAGGGAGAAAAGAAAAUGCUGAGAGAGUAAAGAGAAGAUCGCGGUGCAGAAGCAGGGAGCGACACAAUCGCACUGAGCUCCGUCUCCCUGGGAAACAGCAGGAAUAAAUAGAGCGCUGGGCGGCCAAUCCCCGGCCGGGAAAUCACUGGGAAAGAGACGGUUACCUGCCUGGGAGACAGCCCAUAGGCACCGGGCAACAAGAACCCAGCGCCCCCCCCCCUCCGGCUCAGAGAGAACAUCUUCCCCAGCCCCCAAGGGCGACCGCUCAUUGCCAAGUCCCGGGAUCCUGUUUCAGCCAAGGAGUCGGCGAGGGUGGGUGGGUGACUUUAUCCAUCCCCAAUCUAUAAUUAGGCACCCCUGAGGAUCAGCAGGGGGAUUGGGUAACAACUUCUGGGGGGGGCGGCAGCGACAAGCAGACGCAAGGGGCGCCGCUGGGAAGACGGUGAAAAAGCCCAGAACGUCGGAUCCGAGGGGUCGAGAGACAAUGUAGCACAGCAGGAACCCAGCAGAAGAAUAAAGAGGGGAAAUCACUAAGGAACCAGCACCCCAUUGGCCCUGCAGAGACCCCCCCCCCCCAAGCCAUGGACUCCUGGCUACUGAUGUUACUGUGCCUGACAGCAGUGUCAUCCUGCUGGGCCGGGUGUGUGGAGGUGGAGUCAGAGACGGAAGCUGUGGUGGGACGUGAGUUUAAGAUCCGGUGCAUCUCGUGUAAGAAAAGAGGAGAGACCAAAGCGAUUACCUUUGUAGAAUGGUUCUUCAGGGCCAAAGCGGACGAUGCAUUCAGAGUGAUAUAUUACUACCAGAAAGAUGCCCCAGAUAUCAAGGAUGAGCGCUACUCUGGCCGCCUCUUGUGGAGCGGGAGCAACCACACGGAAGACCUACAGGACGUGUCGAUACAGAUCACGAAUGUCACCGAGGAAGACGAAGGAGAAUACAUGUGUAAGGUCAACCGAACCCUCGAGUUUGAGAACCACUACUAUAACAUCAACGUCAGCAAGUUUGUCCAGGUCACGGUGGUUCCCAAAGCCAAUCGGGACGUCGCUUCCAUAGUGUCGGAGAUUAUGAUGUAUGUCCUCAUUGUGGUCUUGACAAUAUGGCUGGUGGCAGAGAUGGUAUACUGUUACAGGAAGAUAGCGGCAGCGGGGGAAGAGACAGUGCUGGAAAAUGCGUCGGACUACUUAGCAAUAACGUCUGAAACUAAAGACAACUGCUUGGGCGUGCAAGCUCAGGAAUAGCCCAAGCUUGGCCCGUGACUCAGGACAGCCAGGUGGGUGAGCGGCUGAAGGAAGCAGAACCUGGCCAGGUCGGAGCUGCAGGGUGGGCCGAAAAAAAACUGUAACGGGUCAGAACCACAAAGAUGAGCCGAAUCCCUUCCCCCUUAACCCUUUCACUCCCAGCCCGUGCUGAAGGUGCAAGGCUGCGCGUCAUUGCUUUCUGCAUCGCUUUGUGCACGCUUCCAGGGAUACUUCAUGCCGAGCCUUCUGAAACCCCUUCUUCAAUGUGCCGGCGGGGAAGGGGUUAAGGAUGCCACGCAUGAGGCCCAAUCAGAACUUGGUCGCCCAUCGGAUACAGUUUUUUUUGCUUUCGAAAUUGGCAGUUUUUUUCGUUUGCAAUUUGCCUCGUUUGGUUUCUUCUGGAUGGUCGGGGAGGGUGACUAUAUGCAAAUAGUUUCCCCCGGGGGGGUUCUUGUAUGGAACAUGGAACCUCCCAGCACCCCCCCCCCCCCCCCAAGACUUUUUUCUUUCUUCCAUGGAAAGGUACGUCGAUGUUAUUUUCUGCGCUGCAGACUUGCCUGGCACCAAAGGAGUUAAUGCCCCAAUACAUCUACCCCAGGAAUGGAUCCCUCUCUGGGACUGGGCUACCGUUCACCCUUUAGGAUUUGCUGCUCUUUUAAUCACCUCUCUCCUUUGCCUUUGGGGGUGUAAGGGGGUUGGAGGACAUUUUUUUUUUUUAAAAAGCAUGUUAUUUAUUUUUUAAUACAGAAUAAUUAAAUUAAAAACAAAAAGAGGUAAUUUAGAUUAUAAUAUGUACGACUGAACGAGGAAGAUUUUGAACCGGCCGUCCUUCUCUAGAAGGCUCUUCAUGCCGGCCACAGGAACAGGCAAAAGAAGGUGGGUCUAUUCCUUGGCAUGCAAAGAGUUAAUCACAAAAAGGGGUGCGACUUGCAACAGCUCCCCCCCUUUAUAUUUCACCUUGUUAAGAUCGAGCCAAUGAUCUCUAUGAAAGAAUACCUUGCACUACACUAGGGAAGGACUUUUCUGGUACACGCACCACUUCCUGUUCAGCAUGCUGUAUUAUAUUGUGUAAAAGGAACAGAAGGGUGCCAGGGAAAAUUCCUUCCCCCCCAGUCUUCUCUUUAAACAGAUAUUAAAGUCAAUCAAUACAUUUAUAUUAAUAUUUUGUGAUAUUGGGGCUCCCUGGGGAAGCCACGUGCCCCUCAACAAAGUGUUAGCAGUUUGUAACCAGAGAUGAUACAAUUCAGGAGUAUUCUUGGGAUAUAUUGGCACAACUAUAUAUUAGUUUCCUAUGAAGCAGAGUAGUAAUGCAGGGAAUGUG